AUGGCGGCAUCUGAGGGAGCCGAUCUCUUCAAAAAACCCGCAGCAAGGCUUCCGCGACUCGUGACGAAAACGCUGCAGCAGUGGUUUGCAGCGCACGCUUCUCACCCGUUCCCAACGGAACAUGAGAAGAAGAUCUUGCAGGAGCAAACAAAUCUCAGUGCCCGUCAAAUUUCUAAUUGGUUUGCGAACGCACGUCGCCGUUAUACCGCCAGCUCAUUCGAUAAACGUCCGACGUCUUCUGCGCAUUCCAUCUCUGUGCCCAAUCUGGCGAGCACCGCAAGAUGGCAAGAUAUGAAUCCGCUGGAUCGCUGGCGCCAUUCUCCCCCGGAUCAGGAGCCUGCUCCUUUCGAUGCAAUCGCCAUAGCAGUCCGCAAUUCGCUUCAUUACACUGGCUCGGAAGCCGCAAGGCUGCCUGACUCUUUCAUCACCCCACGUCCUCCGCCUCGAGCGCAUUCAGACAAUUCCUUCGACUCAGUGAGCUCGCUAGGGGCCAGUCAGUCGUCGAAUUCUACAGACAGUGCCUUUUCACUCGAGUCUGACCAUUCCAAUCCAAACCUGCAGCAUUGGUGGCAUCUCAAACCGCGCAGACGCAGGCGUCGUCCUUCUAAGCAGUUUGAAUCGUCAACAGAACACCCGGCCGAUGGCCGUAAAGCGCGAAAGUACCAAUGCACGUUCUGUACAGACACUUUCGUUUCCAAAUACGACUGGACUCGACAUGAAAGCGCCUUGCAUCUCCUCCUCGAGAAAUGGAUUUGCUGCCCACAUGGCCCGAUUUAUUUUGACCACGUUCCGCGUUGUUCGUUCUGUGAAGCAGAAAAUCCCACUACUUCCCACUUACAAUCACACCAUUAUGAUGAGUGUGCAGCUAAGCCUGCGCCAUUCCGCAUUUUCGGUCGCAAGGACCAUUUGAGACAACACAUGCGUCUAGUCCACCGAGUUGAUCACAUGCCGGACCACAUGGCGAACUGGAGAACCAAGAUCACCUCAUUAAACUGUCGCUGCGGCUUCUGUGAGGAACGGUUUGUCGACUGGUCUAUUCGUAACGACCAUAUUGCAGAACAUUUCCGUGACGGCACCUCGAUGAGGGAUUGGACAGGGUGUCGGGGCUUGGACCCCGAGAUAGCGUUGCUGGUAGAAAACGCCAUGCCACCCUAUCUAAUCGCGUUUGAAAGGAAUGAGUUCGAGCCAUUCAGCGCCUCACGCAACGCCGGGCGACAUACAAGCGCUGGCCAGCAUACCCAGCGGGUACCUACAACCUUCGAGUCCCUUACUGUACGCUUGGGCGAGUUUGUCUUGCAAGCCAUGAAGGACGGCAUCACCGUCACCGAUGAGACUGUACGGAAACAGGCACGUAUGAUAAUGUACGGGGACAACGACGCCUGGAACCAGACUCCCGCUGACAAUGCCGAGUGGCUUCGACUAUUCAAACAAGGUGUCCGUCUGCAAUCGGCCGCGGACCCUCUCUCGACGCAGUUUGAUUUACGUCUCAUGUUCACGAGCAGCGGCGCGGACGUACAGACAUGCUCGCCGGACAACACAGAUACUCCCUUACGCGCACCGGUUGAAUCUGCGUUACCACCGGCGGGCGUCCCGUUGUCAUUAGAAGGCACAAAUAUAAACAGCGAUUCGCUCUCACCGUAUGCAUUUGACGACCUAACAAACUUACCGCUGUGCUGGCAGACUCCAGAGUGUCUGGCUGAGUUCAGCCAGAUGUCCUGCACACAGCGCGCCUUUGAAGAGAUAAAUGCUUGUACGAAUACCAUCAGUGAUGGCACGUCAAUUGCACCCCGGUCUGGAAUGCCGCCAAUCCGUGACACGGAAGGCUCGACUCCCUUUCCAGCAGAACCUAAUGAAUGUGCACAGCAAGAAUCGUCGGUUCAAGACAAACCUGCCGGUCCAUGUCCAUUCUCAGCAUGGACGCGCGCGGAUGACUUGGUUUUUCCAUUUGACUUCAGUUGGUUUGAGGAAAGCCAACAUGAGCAACCCGUCUCGUCAACAUUGUGA